AUUCUUAGAUUUUCCGAAAGAGAUCCAGGUUAUAUAAUACUGGUUGCAUAUAAUUUUUUUAUGUCAUAAUUGUUGCGAAAUGUUAGACUUUAUUUUUUAGUAAAACAAACACAAAACAAAGGAAAUUAACUAAAAUAAUAAAAAAUUGCUAAACUAUUCUUUCCCAACCCCUUACAUGGUUCUAUUGGUUGAUUUCAAAUAUACCCUACUUCUAUUUGGUGCAUUAUUUGACAUUAGCAGGUCAACAGCUGAUUCUUUAUUAGAGUUGUGUUGUGUGGGACGUAAUGGCAAAUCGCGGUUGUCUGUAAAGUACAGAAGCCAGAAUUCAGAAAGAUAGUGAUCAUUAUCCACAAUACAUAUUAUAGUGUUUAAAGGUUUUAGCGGUUGAAGUGUAUAAACUACGUUCUUUACCAAAAAUAUAAUUUAGAAAAGGUAAAAUAAUGCCAAUGCAAUUUACGCCACUAGCGUUUGGGGUGAUGCUGCUAGUAGCAGUAGGGACUGUAGCGUAUACCAUUUGGAAUAAUGCUUCUAGACAAAAUACUUAUGGUAAUAAUGGCAAUAAUAAUUAUAGAGAUAAUUUUGAUUAUGCUUGUGGUUAUGAUACCAAAAGGGAUGAUGAUACCACUGGAGAUGGUCAAAGAAGAAGAAAGCGAAAUACUCCAGAGCAGUGCUCAAUUUGCUUGGAUGUGUUGAAGACAAAAUUGAGAACUCUGUCAUGCACCCAUAAAUUUCACGAACACUGCAUAAAUGUCUGGAUCAACACCCAAAAAACAUGUCCAAUUUGUAGGGAGCCUAUCUCCUUAUAAUUCUUUUACCAACUAUUUUUUAAGUCAGCUACUGAAUUAUUUAUUUAGUUUUUUUGUUAUAAAAACUUAAUUUGUUUUUUAAUUUAGUUAUGGAGAAUAAUUUGACUGUAGAAAUUUUGAUUGUGAUCUGAAUUAAAACUAUAUAGUGUAUACAAAAGCUUUCGGGACUAUCUAUACUGUGGUCCUACUUGCACGCAUGUAUGUGUUUCUAUGCAAAGUUUCUUCUUAUAAUGGUAAAUUUAGGCUCUGGGAAUCCUUUGAUCUGUCCAAAAGGAGCAAAUGAUUGAGAUUUGAUGGUUGUGAAAAACUAUUGGGUGAACUUAACCUAACCCAACUUUAACCAAACUCAAGUAUAGACUGAUCCUGGUGAGUUUUAAUGGCAAUUUUCAUCAUUAUUAAUGACUUUUGAAACCAUAUGGCAUAUAUUUUCCAUUUUAAAUUUUAAUAUUGAUAAUAUAUCGACUGGUCCAACGAAGACUGUAGUAACUCAUUUUUUAUGUAAUGAGAUAAUUAUAAAAAUGUAUUUACACUGUUACCAAAAUUCAUUAAUCUAUUAAAUGGAUGUUUUUAUAGUUAAGUGAUAGUUUUAAUAAUGAUCUUACAAGGGUAAAACAGAUUUAAGACAGAAAUGGUCAUAAGUGACUUUUGAACGAGUUACUAUAGUUUUCGAUGGAGAUAUUUUUAAAGUAAUAAAUACCAGAUUUAUUUGUUUCUUAACUUUAUAUAAAAUGCUACAUUUUGAAGAAGCUACUGAUAUAAUUUGCAGUUUUAUAUUUUAAUUCAAUUUUCCUCAUCCGACUCUUCUUCGCUCUCAACUGAAUCAACUUCGAGCUCAACUUUAGGAGGUACAUAACUCUUUGAAUUAAAAUUUUUAUAAAAUCCAUGGUACAUUGUGGGUAUUUUGCCGAUAUUACACAGCCACAGUAAUCCUUUUAGCUUUUUUUCUUCAAUUGGUAAUGGUGCAUCAUACAGUUUCGGUGGAAAUUUGAUAGUAGUGGAAGGCCGUCCUCUGCAUUUUCGAUUUAAUUUUAUGUCACAACCUCUAAAACCAUCAUCGAAUUCGUAUUUAAACAUUAUAGAAUUUUGGUGUUCAUGCGAAAGUUUUAUUUCUCGUAUUUUGCUAACUUUUAUUGAUUUCUUUUCGUUGUCAAGUUUCCAAUUCUCGGUAUGUCAGUUUUUUAAAAUUAAAAAAAUUAUCUUGGGACAUUUCCGUAACAUCAUAAACUCUUCCUGUAGUUUUAGCCAUUCUAAUUAAUGUAACCCACUGUUCUGGCACAUAUACAACCGAUUGCCUUUUCUUUGCAUUUUCGAUAACAGCAUGCAUACUGUCACCCUCGUUCUGAGUGUGGCCUUUUUCCAGAAAUCUGUGAACAAUAUCAAUAUGAAAAUGAGCAGCAGCAAAAGCAAACAUCGAAAACACAAAACGAUUCCUAUUUUGUCCCCCACAGUUGUUGAGUAGAAUAUUAUCGUUUUAACACUUUGUUGUGCCUUGAGAUCUAAAAAUUUCCAGAGGCAACUGGCAAUUUCAUUAGGACCUCUUUUAGCCACCUGCUCGUGCCAUACAUAGCAGUAACCCUGAUUAUUUCCAACAUCAUAAACUGUAAAGUUAUAUGUAGAGUAUUUGCUUUUGUAGUAAAAAUCACUUACGUUAGACAAAGGGUAGCUAAAACCUUUUGAAGGUCAAAGCAAGCCACACACAAGCUCUUAUCAUCUAGUGCAAGCUGUUUGUCUAUGUCUUUUAAGUUUCUGAUAACUUCUUUGUUUUUCAUAUGAGACUCAUAUUGUUCGAGCAAUUUUGCUUUUUCAGCAUCACUAGCCAUAUUAAAAACAGAACAAACAGUACACUGGUCCUUUUUUGGUUUAAAGAACCCAAUAUUGAAUUGUUCAUUGAAAAUAUCUCUAUACUGGCGUGACGUGGAGCUGUAGUGAUGUUAUUUUUUUCGCAAUGCUCGUUGUACAAUCGGUACAUUUUCUGGAUAUUAGCCCUUCUUCAAGGUACGUUCAAAUCUUCAUCGUAUUCUUACGGGUAUAAUGGGAAGGUACUACAGGAAACUGAUUAUUGUGAUUUUUUACGUUGUCUAUAAGUUCUGGUGAUAGUUUAUGUGGUCUGUUAGUGUGCUUUCCACGUUUAUCUUCCUCUAAUGAUCCACCAUCUUUCAGUUUCCUUAAUGCUGUAGUGAUCCAAGUUUCUGAAACGUUAAGGGUUUCCAAAAACAUAGUUUUGCAAACACGUUGUUUUUCAUUGCGAAUGUAGAAGUCAUAUUCUCGAGAGUAAUUUCUUCGAGACAUUAGACCGUUGUUCUGCAGUAAUAGUUACUUGUUUUUUGGCAACCUGUCUCACAUGACGAGCAAUAAAAUCACACUUUCUCGUAUGAUCUUUUAACUUCCAAAAUUCAUUGAAAAAAGAUCUCUAUCUUCUUUAGCUAUUUUGGUAGCACAUUUUAGUCUACAUGUGUUUGCGCAUGGUGCACCCAUCUGUCUUCCUUUAAUUUGAAUACCUUUUCGAUUUUCAUGUUCAAGUCCCAGGUCUAGACUUGUUUUAGAUUUUUCAUCCGCCCACUUAAUAACGUCUCUAAUUAUUUUCCUACUUACUCUCUCUAUAUUGCCUCUGCUUCUUCUCUUUCUAUUUGUGGUUGCUUCAGUUAUAUUCUUAUUAGGUUCAAUUAUUACUUCAGGGAUGUUUUUGUCUUCUGUCGGAAUGUAAUCUGGGUCAGUAUCAGAGUCUGCAUGAAAUGGUUCUUCAUCGCUUUCCUUCUCAAUUAUUUCAUUUUCAUUCCUAUUGGCUUCAUUCUCUUCUAAGCUUACUAAAAUUAAACAAAAAUGAGGUAAAUGCCUACGUAAUAUUUUUUCAUGCGGAAUUUAAACCAACCUGUAGAACAUUCAGGAUUAAUAUCAGUCUCGUGGUCACCAGGAUCCUUAUUCGCCUUUUUGUAUUUGCUUUCUUCUACAAUACUUUCAGCAAUAUGUUUACCUUAAAAAAUAAGUAGGUUUUUACUUUGCUGUUAUUAUUUUAAAUAAAGUUUAUUAUAAAUUUACCUUCAAAAAAACGAUAAGAAAUAUCCGUUUCAGUGUUUUUAUACGCUUUCUCAGCUAAUUCCAAUAUUAACUCACUUCUGGAACGCAUGGCAAAACUAAAUGGGUUAUAACAAAACUAAACUUUUGAACAUAACCUUAAACUAACGCAGAAUACCGUAGUAACUCAUGUUACGAUACCUAUGCUAUGGCCUCAGAUAACAACGAACACUAUUGUAACUCAAGAUACGAUGAUUUUGUACGGUUGUUUUUCAUAAAUCGGGGCCCUGAUUCUAUUUCAUUUCGAUGUCGAAAUUUAAAAGCGACUACGCCAUGACAGUCGCAAUCGCUAGCGAUUCUCAUUCAUUUCGAUUUUAGUUAAAAAUGGGGACAUUUACUUUAUCAUUUUGACACUGCUCAGAAUUUGGGUUGGCCGUCUUGUUUAUUGGCUGCACGCUUGUUAAAUGUUUGUUUUGUUUAAAUUUUACGAUUUUUGUUUCUUGUUUGAGUUGUUAAAUUUUUAGUGGCCAUUCUCAAUGAUUAUAUUUUGAAUGGAAAGAAAAUGGAUGGAGGCUGUUGGUGAUGGUGGCACUAAAUUGUCUGUGGACCAAAAAGAAAUUAUGAUGGCUUUUGACUUGUGGUUAUAUUAUAUUUUUAAAUUUACUGCAGCUUAGUAUUGGUAUUACUAAAAACAAUACAUUACCGCUCUAAAAAUUCUUGAUGAGUUUAAAGAUUAUUUUAUAUCUCCAAAUAAGAGUGUAGAAUUAAAAUAAAUUAUUACAACCAAAUUAUUUAUUAUUUCUAUCUUCCAUUACAGCCUGUUGAAUAUAUUCAAAAAUUGUGGUUUCCAAUUUAGUUUUAAUAUUGGGACAUUUUAUUUCUUUAAUUUUUACACCACAGUAUAUUUUAAAAAAUAAUCAGUAGCAUCUGGCUUGGGGCCCCCAGGUACCACAGUUCUAUUUUUAUAGGUGUUAAAAUUUCGACCAAUUAUGUGGCGAAUCACAUACAAUUUCUGAUAAAACGCAGCCAUAUUAAUACUUUUUGCCUCAGUUUUCGUUGCAACAAUCAAACAAAACAACACCGCCUAAACUGAACCUAACCUCGCUUCUCCCAGUCCCGCUCAAAGACCAUUUACACCGUCCCGCUGGUCAUGUCAGAUUAAUUUCGACUCGAAAUUAAAUUUCAACCACUUUCUUGAAGUUGAAAUUAAUUUCGAUAAAUCGAAAUUUAGUGACGUCCUUUGGUUAGUUCAGCUGAAAUCCACUAGGCUCGCAAAGUCGCAUUUCGACGUCGCCAUAUUGAUUUCAACAUGUUUUCAGUCGAAAUCUCAAUUAGAAUCAGGGCCCGGAGAUACUAUAAAACUCUUACACGUAAUAUUGGUUGCAUAACUACGUUUACUGAGAUAAGAUUCUUUCCUGGGGAAGAUAUCAUUAUGUUUUAUUGUUUUGCGCUCGUAACUCAAAAAGUGGAAAAUUUGAGUUACUACAGUCUUCGUUGGACCAGUCGAUAUGUAAAUAUGAAGAAAAUUGACCCUUUAGAAAUACCUGAUCUGCAAACCAUUAUUAGCACUUUUUGCAUUUAGGUUUUAUUUGCAUUGUCAUGAGUUUCAGUUAAGUCUUAUUUUCUUUGGCCUCUAUAGAAAAAAUUAUAGUAAUAGUGUAUGAUGGCCAUCACAUAUUUGCUGCCUCAAUAUUAAUUUGCAUGAGAUUUCUAUCAAUACUCUGAGAUUAUUAGUAUAUAAUGUAUAUAUUUUAGUGUUAAAACGAAAGCACUGCAUAUCGAUAAUCAUUUUAUAGUUUUAACAAGAUCAAAAUUUUAUACAAAACAGACUUGAAUAAAGAAAAAAUAUAUGGAUUCAAUAAAAAGCAUUAGGUUGAGAUAAAAGCAAAAUGCAGCUUGUAAGCUGAGUAAUAGUUGUGUAAUAUUUUAGAAUUCACUGGUUUAGUCAUAUAUGUAGAAUUAAUUAAUAAACUUGUAAUAAAUAGUAGAGAUCAAGUGAUAGAAGUUCAUAAUACUGAUUUGGAUGAUCGUGAGGAAUGAUUUAAACUGCCUUUGAUAUAUAAAGCCCUUUAUUUUUAACAGUUCCCAUUCUUUAGAAGAAUUUUCUUUCUUACAGUAAUAAAAAUUAUAUUUUAAGUGGCAUAUUAAAUACAAGUAUGGUCAUUAUUCAAGUCUGGACUUGUAAGGUAGUCAUAACUGUAGGAUAAUUGUAAUUAUUAGCAAUAAAAGUAUGAUAUAAUAAUAAUGGAUAAACGUGUGAUAAUUAUUUGGGAAAUUAGAUUAUGUUUUCAAUGUAUUUUGACUUUUACGAUGUGAAAUUAGUGAGGUUAGGUACCUUGUAAAUGUUAAAAUUGUUUAAUAAAGUGUUUUAUACA